AUGGAAACGCAGCGGAUAUGUGGCGAAGAUGAACGAAGCCCUAAGCUCUGGCUGCAUUAUGUGGAGAAUGAUCGGAUCCCUCCUAUUAUAGGAUUGGUCGAUGAGGGUUUUAAAGUGGAGCAGAAGAAGAGUGAAGCCAAAGAAUGUGGUGGAGCUCAUGGGUACGACAAUGCCUUCUUCUCGAUGAGAACUAUAUUUAUAGGGCAUGGUCCGAUGUUCUUGGAGGGAAAGAAAGUGGCUUCUUUUGAGAAUGUUGAGAUAUACAAUGUGAUCAGUUUGAUUCUAGGGCUUAAGGCUGCUCCUAACAAUGCGUUCCGGUACCCACAAAACGUAAGAACAGAUUGUCUCGAAAAAAUAACAAAUUCUGCAGUCUAUUAA